GAGGUUAACUCCAAUUCCGCGCGAGAUUCACGCGAAAUGUCCUCCCUUCUGGAUUCGGAAGCAUCGGAAGCGUCUGAGCUCUCUGACUUGGAUGAGGAUGAGGUGGUGAAGAAAAAGGUAGCCAAGCAACCUGCCCUCGAUGAUCCAGAUUCGAGUGAUAGUGAGGAAGAAGAGGAGCUAGCCAAUGAGGAAGAAAUCUGUCGAAAAGAAGGGGAGGGUUGGAUUGUGGAUGAGGAAGAGGAUGAAGGGGGUGUAUCUGAAGGUUCUGAUGCAGAUGAUGCUGAAGAUGUUGGGGAUGAGGGAGAUAAGGAUGAUGAUGAUGAUGCCUUAGAUGACGAUGAUUUUCAACUGAUCCAAGAGAACGUAGGGAUUAAUUUAAAGAAACAAAAAAAGAGGCGUUUGGUGCUUGAUGACGAUGAUGAUGAGGCAGAUGAAGACGAAGUCGCAUCCAAAAAGACAGCUUACGAAGAAGAUAGGGGCAGAGAAGCAAUCGCACGUCAAAUCUUCGAAGAUGAAGACGAAGAAGUAGAUGAAGAUGCAGUUGUUCGUAGUAGGCCCGCAGAUUUCGGUGUCUCAGUUGGUGAUGAAGAAGAAGAGGAUGAAGAAGACGAUGAUAUGGGUGAUUUCAUUGUGGAUGACAGGACAGGUGCUCCACCUACAAGGCCUUCUAAACGUAUAGUACAUAAAGAUGCAGCUCUCCAACAAGCUCAGAAUAUCUUUGGUGUUGACUUUGAUUUAUCAGAGUUCGAAGCAUUCCGAAAAUCCCGUACUGGCGAUGACUAUAGUGAUGAGUCCGAAUAUGAAUAUUCUGAUGAAGAAGAGGGUUCUAAGGUUAGGCGACCGAAACACCGUCGACCACCCUCAAACCUUGUUAUGGAUGAUCGUGUUUAUGAACUUUUUGAUCCAAGUGAUCUUGAAAGGGCUUACUAUAGUCAAGCAGAUGAGCGUAUUCGUAAAACUGAUGUACCAGAGCGCUUUCAGCUUCGUCAGAUUCCUGUGAAGUAUAUUGAUUCUUGUUCAGCAUCAUAUGCUGAAGACCUUCGAGAGCUUUCAGAUGAAGCAGAAUGGAUAUAUCGUCAUGCUUUUAAAGAAGAUGCAGACUACAAGCCCCCCUCGGUGAUACCUAGAAUUCUCGAGUCCUUAAAACUUUUAAGGGAGUUUUUGUUUGAGGUCCCAUUCAUCGCAUUCUAUCGAAAGGAGUGUAUAGAGAAAGAUCUGAAUAUCAAAGACCUUUGGAGAAUAUACCAAAUGGAUGAAAAGUGGACCAUUUUGCAUCAACGCAAAAGAAAUAUGAUUAACCUUCUCCAACGAUUGUCAGAUUAUUUUGAGGCGAUUACUACAGGAGAUGCAGUUAGUCCUUUGAAGAAAAAUUGUUCUUCAAUUCUGAAGUUAAUCGCAUGUGCUCGCAGUGCAGACUCUUUAGAAGAGUUGUAUGAUGUACGGCUGAGUUAUUUACUUCACUUUUCUGGAUUUGUUGAGCCAAUGAAUCGUUGGUACACAUGUCAGAAAAACAAGACUGGUGAAACAGAACAGUUAGAAGAACAUGAAACUGAUGACAUUAACAUUGAAAAAGCUGUUCCGAUUACAACGACCAUCGAUCCGUUGACUGGACGGUCCAUUCGUCAGCGUCAGGCUCGUGCAACUGCUUCGUAUGAGGUUGCUAAACGAGCUGGCCUGAGCGAUCUUGUGCAGAGAUUCGGACUUUCAGCAUCACAAUUUGCUGAAAACGUUCAGGAUCAAUAUCUGCGCCAUGAUGUAGACCAGUGUCCUAUGUUACCUUUGGAUGCAGCUGGUGACUUUUUGUCUCCGCAGUUUCCUAGUUCAGAGUCAGCAUUGGCCGCAGCCCGUUAUAUGCUUGCAUUUGAAAUUUCACGUGAGCCAUUUGUCAGGAAAAUGAUGCGUCAAAUGUUUCAUAUGCAAGCCGUGAUCAGUAUGCAUCCUACUGAAAGAGGAAUGAAGCACAUAGAUGAGUCUCAUCCUCUUUUCCCCAUUAAAUACCUUUCUAACAAACCAGUUGCUGAUCUAAUGGGUAAUGUGCUUUUUCUCCACAUGUACAACGCUGAGCGCGAUAAACUAGUAGAGUAUGAAAUCCAUGUACCAAGUGAACAGAUUCGAGGUUUAUCUUUGGUGGAUGAGCUGCAGCGUUUCUUUUAUCAAGAUGAAUUUAGUUCUUUAGUUCAAGCUUGGAAUGAACAACGAAACUUAGUUCUAAAACAAGUUGCCGAAGAGUUUAUUUUUCCAUCACUUGUACGUGAACUACGACAGAAAUUACUGGAUGGAAGUCAACAAGCUGUACUAAGAGAAGAAGAUAUGCAGCGUCUGUCAACCUUUAUGGUCAAACACAAACCUCAAGUGUGCGUAAUAGGAUGUGAUUGUAGAAAAGCUUUGUUUUUGCAAGAGGAUAUUCAGCGCCUGAUAAAUGAACUAUCCACUGAAAGACGUUUACCUCGUAUUCAUGUUGAGUUAAUGGAGACAGAACUUUCUAUUGUGUUUGCAUUAUCUUCACGUGCUUCGUUCGACCUACCGAUAUCCUAUCCUCCACUUCUUCGCCAAGCUAUCUCUUUGGGUAGGCGUUUACAGGACCCCUUACCUGAAUUUGCGCAGCUAGUAACUAUUGAGAAUGAAAUAUUAGGCAUCAGAUGGCAUCCAUUGCAAGAUUCUCUGCCUCGAGAUAUGUUGCUUCGAGCCCUGGAGAUAGAAUUUAUCAAUCGUGUGAAUGAAGUUGGAGUUGAUGUAAAUCGUUGCUUAUCUCAUCCGCACACUUCUGGAGUUAUUCAGUUUAUUUCGGGACUAGGGCCACGCAAAGGCCUACACAUGCUAAAGAUAUUAAAGCACAAAAAAACACAUCUGACUAACCGAAUGCAACUAGUAACAAUGAUAGAGUUCGGUCCGCGAGUGGUCAUUAAUUGUGCUGGUUUCAUUAAAAUUGAUACUGCCUCCGUACGUGACCUAGAUGCAGAUGAUGUGGAUCUGCUGGAUUCUACUAGAGUGCACCCUGAAAGUUAUGAUCUAGCAAAGAAAAUGGCUGUGGAUGCUUUAGAGUAUGAUGAUACUGAAGAGUGUGACCCAACAGUCGCACUUGAAGAAAUAGUUCACAGUCCUGCACGUUUACGAGAAUUAGAUCUAGACGCGUUUGCGGAAGAGCUUAAACGACAAGAACAUGGGGACAAGCACAUCACCUUAUACGAUAUCCGAAAAGAACUGAAUCAUCGUUAUCGGGAUUAUCGGGAGCCAUAUCAGUCUGGUAACCCAGAAAGCAUUUUCAGUAUGGUGACACAUGAGACUCCUGAAACUUUACACGUGGGUCGCUUAGUUGAGUGUCGCAUUUUGUCAGUCGCUACUAGACGGCCACGACCAGAACAGCUGGACAAUGCAAAUCCAACCAAAAAUGAAAUCAAUGGCUUGUGGAUGUGUCCAUUUUGUCGUCAAGACAACUUCCAAUUACUCAACCAUGUGUGGAGUCAUUUCGAUAAUAAUGAAUGUCCUGGACAGCCAGUUGGAUUACGGGUCCAAUUAGAUAACGGGAUUGAUGGUUUUAUACCACUGAAGUUUAUGGAUUCCCCUGAAAAAUUAUUUGAACGUACACAACCUGGUUCUCUCGUUCAAUGUCGGGUAACUAAGAUUGACAUAACAAGAUUCAACGUGGAGCUGACUUGUAAGACGACUGAAUUGAAAGAUGAACGUCAUAUGUGGCGUCCACGUCAAGAUGCUUUUUAUGAUUAUGAAAGAGAAGAACGGGAUAUACGUACAGAAGAAGAAGCAAUGGCUAAAGCGAAGGCUAAGACAAAUCCCUAUAUGUCUCGUUUGAUAUUCCAUCCAUAUUUCAAAAACAUCAGCUAUGAUCAGUUAGCUGUAAUGGAACCUGAGUUGGAGCCUGGUGCAAUCAUCAUUCGUCCAAGUAGAAAGGGAACAGAUCAUCUGACUGUUAGCUGGAAGGUCGAUGACAGAAUCAUGCAACAUAUUGAUGUUGUUGAGAAGGAGAAAACGAACAACUUCUCUCUGGGAAAAUUAUUGAUUAUUGGAGAUGAAGAAUUUGAAGACCUGGAUGAAAUAGUAGCACGUCAUGUACAACCUAUGGUAUCUCUUGUUCGUGAUAUAAUGACUUACAAAUAUUAUCGGACUCUUCAGGUGGCGAUCGUAGCCAUUUGAAUGCUUUACUUCAACAUGAGAAAAGCCUGAAUCCAGAUCGUAUUCCUUAUUUUCUGAGUUCAACAAAAGAACGUCCUGGUUACUUUAUUCUCGCUUAUUUACCUAAUAAAAAUCCACAUUUUGAACUGUUCAGCGUACGACCUGAAGGCUUCAAGUUCCGACAACUAAUAUUUCCCACUCUAGAUCGUAUGAUUACUUGGUUUAAAGAACACUAUAAUGAUACUGUUAAUUACUAUCGUGGUUAAGUUGUUUUGUCUCAGGUUUUUAUUUCUAGUCUAUAAUUCUUUUCACUGUGGAUUUAAUCGCAUGUGAAUUUCAAUUGGAUAUGCCAGCUGAAACUGUAUCUAGUUCUAGUUCGGAUAAAAUAUAAUUUUUGUAAAUAUCUUUAGGGUUAUACACAAGUUUUCAUAGACGUUACUUUUUUAUUUUCUUUGUAAUGUACAACCAAGUUAUAAUACAUAACCGAUACAAAACUGAAUUUAUAUUAUUCUACACCUUGUGUAACAUCUGAAGCUUCACUUAUUAUUCUGAUAUUGAUAAACUGCUUUUAGUUAUAUAAAUUGUGUAUUUCAGAAAGAUUUUGCUACACACCAUUUUUUUUGUGUCGAUUAAUCGCUGUGAUCAUCAAAUGUUGACAGUUGUAUUACAAAGUCACGAUACAUGAUCUUCCCUCUU